AUGUGUCCAGAAGACAUCCCCUUAGAUUUCCAUUACAAAGCCACCUCCAUGCCUUUCCAACCUCCAGGGACGCGUCACAAUGGGGGCGGCUUUAUAAAGGGCGCCAGCAGGCAGCUGCCCCAGUACGGCCUGGGCCACCGGCGAGUGCGCUUCAAGGCCAUGGCUUUGACGACGGUCCGCAUCUUGCUUCUGCUGAGCUUCUUCCUGCGCCUGCCGAUGGUCGGCAAAGAGCUGGAGGAGGCCACGCACGAGCACAUGUGGCUCCGGGAGGAGCAUCUCAAUCAGGAGAUGACUCAGCUGAUGGAGGAGCUGGAGCAGAGCACCUCUGCCCCGGGAGCCCUGCUCUUGGCUGCCUUGCAGCACUGGCAGUUCUGGGCGGUCGCUGGAGUCCUAGUGCUGCUCCUUGGGCUCUGCUGGUGGCUGAGGAAAAGGAGCCAGCAGCCAGAGAGCAGCUGGGAAGAGGAGAUCACCUCCUGCGGCAGCCGAGAGGACGAGGAAGAAGCAGGCGAAGGAGAGGACUCUGACGAUGAGGGGCGUCUGGUCAGGAUUUUGGCAAAGCGCGUCCGUGGGGCAAUGAAGAGCGUGGCCUACAAGCGCCGGGUGGCGGAAGAUCUGGUGAGCGACCUCCUUGGCGUCUUCCAAGCGCGCUUGGCCAACAGUUUCUUCCCCGUGCUGGAGCCAGCCAUCGGGGUGGGCAGCGCCUUUGAAGGUUGGAAUCCCCGGGGGCAUGAUGCGGUCUACCGCCUGCUUGUGCCCCUGAAGCCUCCCCGUGGGCACACCUUCCAUCUGGAGCAGGCCUCUGCGGAGAAGAUGCCGGCAAAGAACCGCAUCCGCGUUCAGCUCCAAUGCACCUGCACGAGGGGCCAAGGGGUGGGGAACAUGCUCUGCUUCGUGCACCAGCCCGAGGAGGCGCUGAGGACAAAUCAGGAUUCCAACCUCCUAAACGACCUCUGCACCAGCGCUGCACGUCCAGGCUUCUACCUGGACGUGCAGAAAAUUGCCCGCUGGUUCCAGACCUUGGUGAGCUCAGCCUGGGGGGAGAUGGCUCAGUGGCAUCACUACAGCAUGAAGGUGCUGCCUUCCCGCCGCUCCUGCAAGCUGCAGCUGACGAAUGCCUGCGGGAGAUCCCUCUUUGUGGAGCUGAUGUUCGGGGUGCAGCAAGGCGACUCGGACAUCUUCCUGAGCAGCCAGGUUGCAGAGCACCCCGGCUGCUUCAUCCCGGGCACAACGUGGGCAGAGAGCUAUGCCGUGGCCGAGGCCAGCUGGGUCACUCUGGGACACAGGGGUGUGUGCCUGCAUCUUGGUGGCACCUGGAGACAUCAGACCUCGCGCAGGAGCAUCCGAUACGGGGCGGAUCGAUGGUAUUCCAGGUCAUUAAACUGA